AUGUCCUUCAAACCAGCCAUCUGCAGCAUGGCCCUCGGCCGAGCCUGGGCCCACGCCCUCGCCCCCAAACUCGAAGCAGCAUCCGCAUCCCAGCUACCCGGCCUAGAGAUCUUCUUCGAAGACCUCCUCUACCUAGCGGACUCCUUCCCGGGCGGUGCCACGCCCUCCAACCAGAUCCUCGCCGCCCACCAGAUCCGCGCCCAGUGCUCCUCUCUCCACCUCGAGAUCAUCGGCAUCGGGCCCUUCAGCAACUGCGAAGGCAUCCUCUGCCCGAUCGCCAAAGCCGCCAAGCGAGAAGAGCUACACCUGUGGUUCGAAAUCGCCCACAUCCUCGACACCGACAUCAUCCAGAUCCCGUGCACCUACAUGACCGAGGGCUUCACCGGCGACCUCGACGCCGUCGCGGCCGACCUGAGAGAGAUUGCCGAUCUCGGCGCGCGCCAGAACCCCCCGCUCCGGUUCGCCUACGAGAACCUGUGCUGGGGGACCUUCAACGACACGUGGGAGAAGGCGUGGGCGGUCGUGCAGGCCGUCGACCGGGAGAACUUCGGGCUGUGUCUCGACACGUUCAACAUCGCCGGGAAGGAGUACGCGGAUCCGUGCGCGCCGGAUGGCAAGAACCCCGACGCCGAAAUCCGGUUCCGGGAGAGCAUGCGGAAGAUGGUGGCGACGAUCGACGUCCGGAAGAUCUUCUACGUCCAGGUCGUCGACGCGGAGAGGCUGCGCGAGCCGAUGUCCGAGACGCAUGCUUUCCACGUUGCGGGCCAGAUGCCGAGGAUGAGCUGGAGCCGGAACUGCAGGUUGUUUCUGUGCGAAGAGGAUAGAGGGGGGUACUUGCCGGUGUUGGAUGUGUUGAGCGCGAUCUGUGACGAGCCGGAGAGAGGUGGUUUGGGCUACAAGGGCUGGCUUUCCAUGGAAAUGUUCAAUAGGAGUCUAGUCGGGGAGAGCCCAGACGUGCCGCGGGAGCAUGCGGAGAGGGCGGUGGCGAGCUGGUGGAGGACUGUGAAGGCUAUGGGCUGGGAGGAGAAAGUUGAGGCGCCGAAGUAUGAGCAGAGGCCUGUACCUGUUGUGCCGCUGGAGAUCUCGGCGAGGCUGUGA